AUGCCCCGCCACUCAAUUUCAACCCAUAUGUCUCAGAUAACUGAUGGCGACAUGGCUUUGAUCACUCCAAUCUCCCCCUCAAAUGCACCUUGGGACCAGUGCCCCCCAUCAUACCCUGGAAAUUCAAUGAACACUAUCGGCUGGAGUUAUUACCCUUUGCCACCCUCCCCACCUAUAUCUGUCGGUUCAAAUAUCACAGACUCUCCUGGACCCAUAUCUAAUAUAUCUCCUGACUCUGCCCGAGAGAAGGAGCAACAACUGUGCUUGCCGACACACCAGGUUUUUGACUUCCCAGAGGUGCCGAACGUAUCGUCACCUUCACCAUCCGUCUCCCCACCGCUCUCAAAGUCCUCUCAACCACCCAUUUCAAUCGACACUCACAUGCACGCAGAAGGGCUAUCUCCCCUCCCUGUUGCAGGCCCUUCGAAGAGACCACGAAGUGGCGGAGAGCGCAUCACCACGAAAGACUUUGUGCCACCCGAUGUAUCGGGGCUGAGCAAACGGGAGGCACGUCUGGUUAAGAACCGUGCCGCUGCUUUCCUUAGUCGGCAACGGAAGCGGGAAGAAUUCGAGGCUAUGGAGAUUCGCGUCAAGGAGCUAGAGGAAGAUAAUGCGCGCCUUCAAACGACUGCCAAAAGGGGACACGCCUACGAUGAGUUACUCUUGGAAGUCGAACAAUUACGCGCUCGCCUUUCUGCAUCCGAAAAAAGGGGCCGCGAGCUGAAGGCUGAGCUUUCACGAAGGUCAAUCAGUGAUGUCCACGUGAAGACGGAAAAUUACGAACAUUCCUUGACUCCAGUAUCACCGUCCGCCUCGCUGCCGAUACACUCCCAUCAGAGAUCGGGAGCAACACUUGGCCUGAUGGUUCUCCUAUGCACGCUACCGUCCCUUCUUUCCAUGUCUCCCAGAUCGCUCCCCACCACUUAUUAUAUUCCUUUGACGGAUCCCUCGGUCCUACACCCCUCAUGCAACUUCGACUACAGCUCCAUCAUCCCAAGUAAUUUCGAAUGGUCGCCGCAUCCUGACGGGGGAGCAGUGAUGAGCCUUGGUUUUGGUGAUCUCGGAAAGCUUUCUUCGAGCGCCGGUUCCUCAUCCCCUCGCAAAGUCGAAAUCCAUUCCGAAGCCAUCAGAGCUCUUGGGGGAUUUGAACUUUCCUUCGACGCCAGUCCAGUCAAUGACGGAAAAAUUCAAGUUCGAAUUCACCCUUCCCAAUCACACCAUGUCAACCGGGAUGCCCAAUGUGCGCCCCCAUCCUCGAUGCCUAUGUGGUUCGAGUCAGCACCAAAUAACUACGGCUCCGCCUUUUCGGCCGCAUUGACAUAUACUGCAUCGUCGACACCAGGAUCUUCGUUCGUGCCGUUAACUGGCGAUUUUGACUUAGAUCCUUUUCUUGGUGGACUUCACGACUCAGGAAUGCCGUAUGGUAGUGGUGGACCGGUGUUCGGCCAUCAUCCGUCCGAUGCCUCAUUUGAACAUAUACCAGGGUUUAUGAAUGGCGCUCGCAGCGACUUCUCUAAACACCGUCCGCGAGUUUCCAUGAGAAACCUGCCAGCUGUCGGGAUGGAGGGAGAGUGGGAGGUUCAAGCUUGUUAA